AUGACAACUUUAAAUUUCAUUUGUUUAUUACGUUUUAUUCAAACUGAUGUACUUUCGGCCCGUCAGAACAGCGAAGGCACCUACUUCUGCCAGCCCAACAACGACCUGGGCACUGGCAGUUCCAGCUACGUUCAUUUGCGGGUCUUUCAACCGCCCCGCUUCAUUGGCCAGUUGCCGCCCGUCUUGCAGAAAAAAGCGCAAGACGCUGAUUUUAAUGUGACGUGCUCUGCCCAGGGCAAACCGAAGCCAUCCAUCACGUUGCUCAAGGACGGAGUCGAGAUGUUGCCCGGCAGCAGUUCGGACGCAUACGAAUGAAUGACGGACAAGUCUGAAGGUCGAAACGCCAUCUUUACCGUCCGUUCGACACGACGUUUUCACGGCUCUGAACGUCCGGCUUUGUCUCAAUUAACGGCCGAUGAUCGAGGUGUUUAUACUUGCGCUUUUGAAAAUCAAAUCCGUCGCAUCGAAUCCACCUUGACGUUGAAGAUCGAACACGCUCCCAUUUUGCUGGAUCAUCGGCCCAAAGUGGCUUCCAACGUCGGCUCGUCGAGUGUCUUGUUGCUGUGCCAAGUCCAGGCUUACCCGCGACCCAAUUUCGAGUGGUCCCUGCGCGACGUGCCCAUCAUCGGUGGCGACAGCAAAUACGAGAUGAACGUGACGUCGAUCACGACCAACGGCAACGACAUCUACCAGGGCAUUUUGAGAAUUAACGACGUCAAAGAGUCCGACAACGGCGAUUACACUUGCAAAAUGUGGAACGCUGAAGGCGAAAAUGCGGCCGCUGUCCGUCUGCAAGCGACCAGCGCACCGGAGAAAGCGACCAAUUUGAGAAUUGUCCAGUCGGGUUACGAUUCGCUGACGCUCGAAUGGGACGAAGGAUUCAAUGGCGGAUUUGAAAAUACUAUUUACACUGUCCUCUAUCGGGCCGUUUCUUCAAGCAGCGAUGCUGGCCAGCAACAAGAAGACGAUUGUCAGUAUGCAAAUCCUUGUGUUAUUCGAGGUCUGGAACAGCUGCAAUCGUACACGUUCCAAGUGCGGGCAGAGAACACGAAAGGCAAGAGCGCGGUGAGCAACGCCUUAACGGCGUCUACCGUCGUCGAUCUGUCCCGAAUUCCAGAGCCGAAACAGGUGACGUUCGAGCCCAAAACCAAGACGAUCUCGUUCAACGUCGACUCGCAAUUGCCUUUGAUGGCCAUGGUGGAGAGCCGCAUCGAAGGCGAUUGGGCCCUUUCGCAAAAGAUUUCCGUCCGAUCGCCCGUCAGCCGCGAAGUGCUGGACUUGGUGAAAGAUGACGUCGAUGAUGUCCGCAUUAAAUUGUGUCUCGAAAUGAACACGACGCUGUGCAGCGAGGCCGUGGUGGCCGUGACGGGUGACCUCAUUCAAGAGCCGACCAAAGCGCUGACUGAAUUGCCGGCCAAGUACAUGGUGGCCAUCAUCGUGGCAUGCGUCGUUGGGUCCCUCGUCUUCGUUUUGUUCGCCAUCUUUUAUUGCUAUCGGCGCAAACGGGCGCAAAAAUUAAAGAAGCUGCUGGAAAUGGAGAAGGCCCAUUCGGCCCGUCCGACCAUCGGCCAACAGCAACAACAACAGCAGCAACCGCCUCCGCCUUACUACGCCGGACUGGAGAAUAAAGGACGCGAUCAAAGUUUGAUGAAUACGAGUCACGGCAGUAUGCUGGACGAUGCGGCCAGCAAGAACGCCCUGUACGCUACCCAAAAUGGUUAUGGCUACGCCGUGGCCAGCGCUCAGAAUAACGGACAUGCCAACGGCGAUUGGGUCAAUAUGGCGUACACGGAACACAGUUAUUCCAAUUCGAACAAUGGCGGCUCUGUCAAUUCUCAAGACUCUUUGUGGCAGUUGAAAUUGGCUAGCCAAAAUGGCGGCGUUGGCGGAGUGAAUGGAGGCGAUCACCAAUUGGGCAAUGGAACGCUGCCGGGCAGGUCGUACCACUAUGACCCAAUGACUCACGGCGGGUACGGCGGAUUCGAAGAUUACAGUCACUACCCGCCCAGCACAGGCGAUGAUUACAUGCAGCGCAAUAAUUACGGCGUCGUGACGGCCAACGGAGAUCCUUACGCCGCUGUCCAUAAUAAUGGUAAACGCGUGGAACAUCUCGAAUCGACCUAUCACAACGUGAGCGGCUUACCCGAUCCUUACAUGGAGGCCGAGCCGGAGGAGGUGAAACAGCACCAACAACACCAACAGCAACAACAGCAAAUGGCGCCACCGCAGCACAUUUCCCUCUCGUUCGACGAAUCGCUCGAGAGUGGCUACUCGACGCCCAAUUCGCGGAAUCGCAGAGUCAUCCGCGAGAUCAUCGUCUAGAGGAAACAGAUGCUAAUAUUAUUAUUUCUUUAAAGAUUUACGAUUAUUAGAUGUUGUACAACUCACUUCGUCUCCCUCUCUCGCAUCGAUCUAAUUUAAAAUCAGAAGUGAAUGACCUGACAAUGUUUUCGCCGUGUGUGCCAAAACACCGUUCGAGGUUUUACCCUUUAACGGAGCGACGACAAUCAUCACCAUUUUCAU